AUGUCUCUCCUGAAUAGAUCAUAUCCUCUAUUGAGGAAUAACAUGGCAAAUGUCCGGUUGAGUGCCCCGUCUAGAUGUUUGAUGAAUACCGUUAAUAGACUUUAUACGAAGGAGGCUGAUAGUGCGGAAAAGACGGUAUUCCCACUAGCCCAUUCAAAAUACGAGUCCAAACAGUACAAAUUACCAAAAUGGAAAGAGUCCCUUGGUGAGUUCGUUAUCGGCACCUUCCGUAUGGAUAUGGAUAAGAUACGGGCUGGUCCAAUUGCCGGCUCUUACUACUAUUCCAUCUGUAAGGAACAAGGUCUGCAAUACGAGAACGAACCACUAUCAGAGUCAGCAAAGUUUUUCUAUGAACAAUUAAACUUGCCGAGAACGUUCUCAGAAUGGUUCCAAAUCACCUUAUUACAUGAAUGGAUGCUAUUUGUAAGAAUGAGAGCCAUGCCGUUCAAAUAUGGUAGAAACUACCAGCAAAAAUUGGUCGAUAAAACGUUUACAGACAUCGAGCUGCGACUAUUUGAAGAGAUGAACGUAAAAUCCGGCAGCAUAGUUGAUCGUUACCUGAAGGACUUUAACACACAGAUGAAGGGGGCCAUUUUUGCUUACGAUGAGGGAUUCUUUUCCGAUGACGCCACUCUCGCAACCGCUGUCUGGAGAAAUUUAUUUGGAGGCAGGAAGAACAUUGAUAUUUCCGAUUUGGAAGCGGUGGUUAAAUACAUCAGAUCUCAACUCUACGUCAUGAGCAGAAUGUCCGAUAGAGAGUUUGCUCUAGGAAAAUUCAAAUUUGUCCCUGCCAACGAAAGCGUUAAAAGACUAUCUGCAGAAGAAGAGAAGAUUUUGAAGGAACAAGUCAUCAAGAAGUAUGAAAACUUAGAAAAGAGCGGAGUACUUUUGCCCAGUGAAAAGAGCAAUCUUUCCUACACUAACUGA